AUGCGGCCUUGGCUUGGGCUAAAGAUGCUUGAUCUCAAUGAGAUGAUUAUUGCGCAGAUUAAGAAGCAAGAUGCUUCAUUCCCUAAUGUCACUAAGGGCAUUCUUGUAGCAAUGAUAAUUCCCAAGUCUCCUGGAGAGCGUGCUGGAUUCUGUCCAAAUGAUAUUAUCAUUGAAUUUGAUGGGAAAGCUGUGGAAAGAUUAGAGGAGGUUAGUGAAAUAUUGGAAGACAAAGUUGGGGUACCGAUAAAGGUAGUAGUAAAAAGAAAGAGCAAUAAAUUGGUGACUUUAACUGUGAUCCCCAAGGACGCCAAUGUGGUUGUUUAG